GUGCCAAACCGGCUGCAGCGGGCACUGGCUGAUGCUGCGCGCGUUUGCUGUUGCUUCGAAUGGGAGAAGAGUGUUCCCUCGGUGUUGGAAGGAGUUCGAUCGGUUUGUUAAAUUCAAUGUCACAGACACGCGGAGGCUUGGACGUUUAAAAGAAUCUGCAGGUUGAGACAGACUUAUGGGGACUGACUCUCAGCCAUGGAGGCAUCAGAUCAACUGAACUCGACUUCACCACUUGAAGUUAAAUCUUCCAACUGCUGCUCGACCGCAGCCGCAGUGAAUGAUGGGAACUCCUUGCAGCUGGAUGACAGCACCCAGCUGGUGGGAGUCCAGGUGGUUCUCAUCCUGGCCUACAGCACCAUCAUCGUGUUCGGAGUCAUUGGAAACUCCUUGGUGAUUUACGUCGUCUACAAGUUCAAGAACCUACGGACGGUGACCAACUUCUUCAUCGUGAACUUGGCGGUGGCCGACCUGCUGGUCAACACGCUGUGCCUGCCCUUCACCCUCGUCAACACUCUGUACGGGGAGUGGAAGUUCGGCCACGUGCUGUGCUUCAUGCUGCCCUGCGCCCAAGAGAUGGCCGUGCACGUGUCCACCAUCACCCUGAACAUCAUCGCCCUGGACCGCCACAGGAGCAUCGUCUACCACACGGAGACCAAGAUGUCCAGAGACAUGUGCGCCUUGGUGAUUGUCAUGACCUGGACCGUCAGCGCCCUGUUGGCUAGUCCGCUGGCCAUCUUCAGGGAGUACAGCGAGAUCUAUCUGUGGCCCAACGAGUCUAUUCAGGUGUGCAUGGAGGAGUGGCCGGAAAGCAGCAUGAACGGAACCAUCUACAGUAUAUCAAUGCUCCUGGGUCAAUAUGGCCUCCCUCUGGCCAUUAACUCUGUGGCUUACAUCCGCAUCUGGAACAAACUGAAGAAUCACACUGCUUGCGGGGGCCGGAACGACCGCCACCAGCGCCGGAAGAAGACCACCAAGAUGCUGCUGACCAUGGUGGCGGUGUUCGCCAUCAGCUGGCUGCCCUUCCACGCCUUCCAGCUGGCGGCCGACAUCGACAGCAAUGUGCUGAGCAUGAAGGACUUCAAGCUGCUGUUCACCGUGUUCCACAUCGUGGCCAUGUGCUCCACGUUCGUCAACCCCAUCCUGUACGGGUGGAUGAACAACACUUACCGGUCGGCCUUCUCGACCGUGUGCUACUGGCCCUUCACCUCGAGUCGCUCCAAACGCAGAGACGCACGGAAGAAGGACUUCAGGGUUUGCAACCAUCAAACCAACGUGUGAAGAAAGUCGCACAGUCACUUCACGGCUCACUGAUAUUCAUUGAUGGGAAGUUUAGGGACAGUGACAUGUGUGCAGUUUGGGAGAAAUGAAUGAGAACGUCUUCAUGUUUAAACUAACUGAAUUAUCUUCACUAGACUGAGGUGCAGGUCAUAGCAGCUCUGAUCCCAAACGUUAGUGCUCGUCUACUCAGGUAUUUGUGUGUUAGACUCUGAUGGACCUUCCUCUUUGUUGAUGCAGUUUGUCUGUGUGUGCAUGUGUCAGGAGGGUCGUUGCUGAUUUGUUCAAUAAUAUGAAUCUGAAAGAUGACGCAGCAUUUGAAAGUGUUGUAGAUGCUUUUUUUGGAGACGCCGUGACAAUUAUUAAGAUGACGAUUGAUCAACGUAGAAAUCAGAUUUGAGGCCAAAAAGUAAAAUUGUGCAAAUACACGUAGGAGGUUAUGUUUUCACCUCUGUCUAUUUGUUUGUUCGCUAGAAGGAUUAUGCAAAAAUGAGUGAAACCAAACUAAAACUUAAGGAAAACUUGGUUGAUGGAUGUAACAUAAUUUUUCUUGAACAUUGUGAGAUAGGGUGUUUUUGACAUUGUAGAUUAUAAAAAAAAAAAAAAAAAAAAAAAAAUCUAUUUAUAGAUGCAGCCUUAUAAUAAACUUACUGGGACCUGUCGUUUCGUGCUUUAUCUCAAUGAAUCGAAUGAUGACAUUUCUAAAUGUACUUAUCUGAAAAGACCUGUCCCAGGUUUGACUGAGCAGAUAUCUGACAAAACUGUGUAAUUCAAUCCCAAACCCCAUGGUAUCCCUUAGCAAAAGAGAAAUUAGAUUUAUUUGGCAGGAUUAAUGUUAAUAUUUGUCUUCUCGAGCAUCUUGUUUCCUCCGGCUCCUGUGCAUGGUUUUUAAACGAGGGGGGUCCUGAGGCAGGGAGCUGCAGAGCUGCAGGGGGGGUGUGUUUGUGUUGAUAUCCAGUGGGAUCUACUCAUCCAGCGAGUGUUACAUCAUACAGACGUGUGGCUUAUAGAACAUGUGCUGCAUGUAUGAUAACAGCACAUACGUUGUCCGCCUGGUUCCACUCAGGGACCUGUUUUUGUGUAAUUCUGCAGAUAAACAAACAAACGGACAGGGGUGGAAACCUAUUGGCUGACGUGUUGGUGGUCACUUUUACUGCAUGAUAAAAUAUCCAAACAAGAUAACAAAAUAAAUGUGAA